CUGUAUGGUAAACUUGUAAAUAGUAGUAAGGUGCUCCACAAGUUCACUGUAGAUCUGCCGAAGAAGCACGGUCGUGGUGGUCAGUCUGCGUUGCGUUUCGCCCGUCUCCGAAUGGAAAAGCGUCACAACUACGUGCGCAAAGUUGCAGAGGUUGCUACACAAUUGUUCAUCAGUGCAGACCGUCCCAACGUAGCAGGACUGAUUUUGGCGGGUUCCGCUGACUUCAAGACUGAACUGUCCCAGUCCGAUAUGUUUGACCCACGUCUCCAAUCCAAAAUCAUCAAGCUGGUGGAUGUGUCAUACGGAGGAGAGAAUGGUUUUAACCAGGCCAUCGAGCUCGCGGCGGAAUUGUUGCAGAACGUCAAGUUUAUUCAGGAGAAGAAACUGAUUGGGCGCUACUUUGAAGAGAUCUCACAGGACACGGGCAAGUACUGCUUUGGAGUGGACGAUACACUGCGCGCCCUUGAACUUGGCUCUGUGGAGACGCUCAUCUGCUGGGAGAACCUUGACAUACAGAGAUACGUUCUGAAGUCGCAUGCCGCCAACCAGGAGACCAUUUUGCACUUGACACCUGAACAAGAGAAGGACAAGUCCCACUUCACCGAUAAAGAUAGCGGUGUUGAGCUUGAGUUGGUGGAGUGUCAGCCGUUGCUUGAGUGGCUCGCCAACAACUACAAGUCCUUCGGAGCCACACUUGAAAUCAUCACAGACAAGAGUCAGGAGGGCAGUCAGUUUGUGAGAGGAUUUGGAGGUAUUGGAGGCAUACUCCGCUACAAAGUGGACUUUCAAUCUCUCCAAUCCGACGAACCGCUGGACGACGUGGACCUCGAUGACUAUUAA